AUGGAGGCAUCUAGAGGACCUCCGAAGGUCAAGAACAAGGCUCCCGCGCCGGUGCAAAUAUCCGCGGAGCAACUCCUGCGCGAGGCGGUUGACCGUCAGGAGGUCGCGUUGCAAGCUCCUACCCAACGUUUUGCCGACUUGGAGGAGCUCCACGAAUUCCAGGGACGAAAGCGGAGGGAGUUUGAAGAUUAUGUCCGGCGCAACCGAGUGAACCUCAAUAAUUGGAUGCGAUAUGCGCAGUGGGAGCUGGAACAGAAGGAGUUUCGUCGUGCGCGGUCCAUUUUCGAAAGAGCACUCGAUGUGCAUCCUAAUUCCGUUCCAUUGUGGAUAAGAUACUGCGAAUCAGAAAUGAAAAAUGGCGAUAUUUCUCAUGCUCGGAAUCUGUUUGACAGAGCCGUCGCUCGGCUCCCACGCGUUGACAAGCUAUGGUACAAAUACGUUUACAUGGAGGAGAUGCUGGGCGAGAUCCCAAAGACCCGUAGCGUGUUCGACCGUUGGAUGCAGUGGCAACCCGACGAAGCCGCCUGGAGCGCGUACAUCAAGCUGGAAAAGCGAUAUGGAGAAUACGACCGAGCCCGCGACAUCUUCGAGAAGUUCACACAGGUUCAUCCGGAACCUAGAAACUGGAUCAAGUGGGCACGGUUCGAGGAAGAGUUCGGGACCAGCGACAUGGUGCGAGAAGUAUACGGGAUAGCCGUCGAGGCUUUGGGAGACGAGUUUGUCGACGAGAAAUUGUUCGUCAGCUAUGCUCGCUUCGAAGCGAAGAUGAAAGAGUAUGAAAGGGCCAGGGCGAUUUACAAAUACGCCAUGGACCGACUCCCCCGCUCAAAGUCCAUGGCCCUGCACAAAGCGUACACCACGUUUGAGAAGCAGUUCGGGGACAGAGAUGGCGUUGAAGACGUCGUGCUCUCGAAACGUCGCGUCUUCUAUGAGAACCAAGUAAAGGAAAACCCAAAGAACUACGAUACUUGGUUUGACUACACGAGGCUUGAGGAGACAGCGGGCGACUUGGAUAGUGUGCGAGAUGUGUAUGAGAGAGCCGUCGCCCAGGUGCCGCCUGCACAGGAGAAGCGAUUUUGGAGGCGUUAUAUCUACCUCUGGAUCAACUACGCCAUCUUUGAGGAGCUACAGGCGAAAGAUGUUGAGCGAGCUCGGCAGAUUUACAAAGUGUGCUUGGAGCUCAUACCUCACAAGAAGUUCACCUUUGCUAAGAUCUGGCUCCUCAAAGCCCAGUUCGAAAUCCGACAGGGCGAGCUCACAAGCGCUCGGAAGACGCUUGGCCAAGCAAUCGGCAUGUGUCCAAAAGACAAGCUAUUCAGGGGAUACAUUGAGCUAGAACUCAAGCUCUUUGAAUUUUUGCGGUGCCGGACGCUGUACGAAAAGCACAUUGAGUGGAACCCGGCCAAUUGCCAGACAUGGAUCAAGUUUGCCGAGCUCGAGCGAGGCCUCGAUGACUUAGACCGGACGAGGGCUAUUUUUGAGCUGGCCGUCAACCAGAUGGUCCUAGACAUGCCCGAGCUCCUGUGGAAGGCGUACAUUGACUUUGAGGAAGAGGAAGGCGAGUACGAUCGUACGAGAGAGCUCUACGAGCGUCUCCUCGAGAAGACGAACCAUGUCAAGGUCUGGAUCAGUUAUGCCCACUUCGAGCUUAACAUUCCGGAAGAUGAGGAAGCGGAGGAGGAGGAAUCGCCGAUUAGCGAUGUAGCGAAGGCGAGAGCGCGCAAGGUGUUCGAGCGUGCGCACAAGAGCAUGCGAGAGAAGGACCUCAAGGAGGAGAGCGUGACACUUCUCAAUGCCUGGUUGUCGUUUGAGCGAAUGCACGGCGCUGAGGACAAUGUGGAAAAAGUGCAAAAGCUGAUGCCGCGCAAGACGAAGCGCAGAAGACGUCUGGAGGAUGACAGCUUCGAGGAGUACAUCGACUACGUCUUCCCGGCAGACGACAAACAGUCACAAAACUUGUCAAACUUGCUGGCCAUGGCGCAGGCCUGGAAGCAACAAGGGGCAGACGCCACGACGUGA